UCCUACGUCAUCCCGAUUAUAAACAUUAACAGCAGCAGGUGCUCGUUGACAGCAGGACGGUAACAUAUUGGACUGAUAAUAAUCUGUAAUACACAUCUGAUACACGAAGGAGAUGAACGUUUCAAAAACGAAAGUUGACAUGCUUAAACUAAGCAUUCUGUUGGUGAUCGUGCCAGCAUUAUGUCUUGGGUUUGAAGUGAGAAACCACAAUACCAAGGAAGUGACGGAUGCACUGAAUGAAAUCCAUGCGGAAUGCCCAGAUAUCACUCGUAUCUACUCUAUCGGCGAAUCCGUUCAAAAUCGCCCGCUAAAAGUGAUUGAGUUUUCUACAUCUCCAGGACAACACGUUAUAGGUGUACCAGAGUUUAAGUAUGUGGGAAACAUGCAUGGAAACGAGGUAGUGGGGCGUGAGGUAUUACUAAAGCUCGGAAUGUACAUGUGUGAGCAGUAUAAGUCAGGUAAUGCAACGAUAACCUGGCUCAUCCAACACACCCGCAUACACAUCAUGCCUACCAUGAACCCUGACGGAUGGGAGGCAGCUAACGCAAGUCCAGCAGAUAAGGAUGGUCAUCGCAACUGGAUCAAAGGACGGUCAAAUGCGCACAACGUCGACUUGAACAGAAACUUCCCUGAUUUAGACCCAGCGUUUCAUCUUGGUAAUGGACCAAACCACCACAUAAAAAGUGAAGAAGAGGCCCUGAAAACUCCAAAUUUACAGCCGGAAACAAUAGAACUGAUCCAUUACAUCAUGGAGAACCCAUUUGUCUUGUCUGCUAACCUGCACGGUGGUGACUUGGUAGCUAACUAUCCUUUUGACGAAAGUUUUAACAAUAAGCUACAGUCAUAUGCUGGGUCUCCCGAUGACGAAACUUUCAGAUACCUAGCUCAGAGCUAUUCUCUUUACCACACCUUGAUGGCAAAGGAACAUCCCACAUGUGACAUGUCCGGGGACGAUGACUUCGCCAAGCAGGGAGGGAUCACUAACGGGGCCGCCUGGUACUCUGUUGCUGGAGGUAUGCAGGACUUUAACUAUGCUGCAAGCAACUGUUUUGAGAUCACGGUGGAACUAGGUUGUGACAAGUUCCCCAAGGACGAGGCAAAAUAUUGGACACAGAACAAAGAGUCACUAAUCAACUUCAUGUUGCAGAUCCACAUUGGAGUGAAGGGAGUAGUGACAGAUGGUGCGACCAACAAACCACUUAAGGACGUACCUAUUAAAGUGUACAAAUCCACACCGCAAACGAAGAAUGGCUGGACAUACAUAGACCACGACAUCACCACCUUCGAGGGUGGCGACUACUAUCGUCUGCUUGUCGAUGGUGCCUACAUGAUCGUAGCUGAAAAACCAGGAUACACCAGUCAGCAACAGAGAGUGGUUGUCCAAAACCAGCCUCUCCAUGAAGCUCUGAAACUAGACUUUGUUCUGAUGCCAGAGAGGUCACAGGGAAAUAUGAAAAUGGGGUUUGGACGACCUGGAAGUGGAAGGCAAGGUUUGAAAAAUAUGCACAAGGGUGGGAUGAGUGAGGCUGAGUAUGCUGACUACCUUGAACGUCUACAGAAAGUCCUCGAAGACCGCCAGUACCUGGGUUAAUUAAACGUUUUGAAUGCAUGACAGGCUUUGCCUGAGCUAUUGUUUAAUCAGCUUUUGGGGACAAAAUGUAUGGCACUAGGUGAUCAAUAUACAAUGAAAAGUUGGGCCAGCAUAGAAAAUGUUACGACAAACAUUUGCUGUGUUAACCUGUUGUUCUAUUGUGUUCGAAUAUUUAAAAGGAAGUUGUAUGAUGAAAGGAUCUCACUAACUAGUCACUAUCAUACAAACUUUAGUAAAUAGAAGUUCAGAAAUAUUUCCAGAUUUGUCACUAUAUGACUUUCAUGAAUUAAUCAAUUAACAGAUUUGAAGUUCCACCACAAAUACAUUCCACCAUUAUUCAAGUCUUAAACAGCAGCAAAAGCAUUGGGGUUGAAUUUUGUUAAAAAUCGUCAUACCUCAACACCAUGCAUCAUAUUCUGAUAGAAUGAAUUUAAAAGAUGUUGACAGAAAAAUGACUCAUUAUUUUUCAAAGACCCUUUUCAAGAUAUGUGGAAUUUUUCUUCUUUCUGUUUAUUUCAUGGAAGGUUUAAGGCUAGAUAAAGAAGAUAGCACAUGGUUACGGGGCAUUAUUCAGUAUAUAUGACAUUCCCUUUCUAUUCAUCAAUUGCAUUUUGACUAGAAUUUUUGUAAGAACUAACACACUAAUAACUGAUCAUGUGGUAGAAGGGAAGUCUGUUUAGCCAUAUCUUCUUAAUGUGUAAUCUAGUUACUCUCUGGAAUAGAAUUCUUUUUAUUAGAUGUCAGUUUGUCACCUUGUGAACAACUGUUUUAGAGCUAAAUCCAAACUAACCCAAGAAAAUGUGCAUUGGAACAAAGAUAUUAGGCCAGAAUGCUCCAGGUACAGCAAACAAUUAGGUCAAGUCAUAUUCUGAAUCCUAUGAUUAUAAUGAUGUUGUAGCUGCUCCAUUCACAUAUUAUUUGAGGGUUGGCAUUUGAAAUAAUUGUGAUAAACAUGUGUUCAGUAAUAAACCCACCCCAUUGUUAAAACAUAAGAAAUAAGUAUUAUAUUAAGCCCUCAUUUUACUACCUUUUCUAGGGACUAGCCCCUGGGCUUAACACGGAUACAUUAUGGUAACUACUACCCUAUUGCAUGGUUGAUAUUUUACCUAGGUACAUGGUAACUAUAUCAACUGGAUACAUGGUAGUAAUAUUACCCCAGUAUAUAACUCUAUUACCUAGGUACAUGGUAACUAUAUCAACUGGAUACAUGGUAGUAAUAUUACCACAAUAUAUAACUUUAUUACCUGGGUACAUGGAACCUAUUUUACCCCAGUGCACAACCUUGGUGCAUGGACUCAUAUUACCCCUAAUAUAUGGUAAGUCUAUUACCUGGGUACAUGGUAAUUAUAUGACCCCAAAUACAUGGUACCUCUAUAUACCUGGGUACAUUGUAAUUAUAUUACCACAUGGCACAACUCUAUUACCUGGGUACAUGGUAUCUAUAUGACCCCCAAUACAUGGUCACUAUAUGACCCCCAAUACAUGGCUACUAUAUGACCCCCAAUACAUGGUAACUAUAUGACCCCCAAAACAUGGUAUCUAUAUGACCCCCAAUACAUGGUCACUAUAUGACCCCCAAUACAUGGAUACUAUAUGACCCCCAAUACAUGGUAACUAUAUGCCCCCGAAUACAUGGUAACUAUAUGACCCCCAAUACAUGGCAACUAUAUGACCCCCAAUACGUGGUAACUAUAUGACCCCCAAUAAGUGGUAACUAUAUGACCCCCAAUACAUGGUAACUAUAUGCCCCCGAAUACAUGGUAACUAUAUGACCCCCAAUACAUGGUAGCUAUAUUACCCCCAAUACAUGGUAGCUAUAUGACCCCCAAUACAUGGUAACUAUAUGACCCCCAAUACGUGGUAACUAUAUGACCCCCAAUACAUGGUAAUUAUAUCACCCCUAAUACAUAGUACCUCUAUAUACCUGGGUACAUUGUAACUAUAUUAACCCGGUACAUGAGAAACAUUUACCAAAAACGUUCCCCAAAAAAUAUUUCCUAAAAUAUUUCCUGGUUCAAUUCAUGAAAACAUUGAAAGAAUUGAUAGGGAAACAACACUUAGGCCAAUGGUUAAGGCAUGAUAAAGCAUUAUGAUCUAAAAUGUUAUUGUUAUGAAAUGUUUAUAUUUCAAUUAAAGUUACCAUUUAUUUAUAUGGGUUUACUAGUCAAGUCACAAAGGUUAUGAUGUGAAGAAUACGCAGAGUACUCUCUCUUGUUAUGGGUGGUAUUGAUAAAAAAUUAUGCUUUAUUUGAAAAUAUGAUGUACUUUAAAUUAAAUUUAAUAUGGAUACCCAAAAGGGGGAUGCUUUUACUUGUUCAUGAAUCUGUCUUACGCUUUAUUUUAUUUCCCAUUCAACAGGGUUUGUUUACUUUUAAGUGUAGUUUUUAUGAUAUUUAAAUAAUCUGCCGUAAAUCCUUGUUGUUACAAAUCUCAAAUCAGACAUACUUAAAAAUCAAUUUAGAGUGUCCAUAUACUUGUAUUCUCAUCAUAAGGGUUUUUUCCUUUCUUUUUUAAUAUUUUACAUGUGUAGUUGGAACAAAAAUCAUUUUCUUGAUAAAAUGACAAGAU